CAGCUAAGCACUUAGCUUAAUUUAUGCAUCGUGAGGCCUGCACAUUUCCAAAUUUUCAUAUUAUUUUGCUACAAAUUAUACACGAGUUAUUCCCCUUUAUAACUUAUAUUUCCAUACAUACUUAUCUGCCCCUGUCAAGCAGCUAGGAAUUAUGGGUAGCAGCUUUCGACGCGCGCCAUUAAAAAAUUGUAAACAAAGUUUUGUAAUUUGAAAUAUUCUACUAAUUUCCUGAGUUCCUUUGGCCUUCACACUUAAGAUCAAUCAGAAAAAUACGUUUGAAGGACCUGCAGAGCAGAAGAACGUCCCAGCGACGCUUCGGACGGGGUUUUUUGAGCACUAGUCUCAAUUUAAGGAAAAAAUCACUGGCACAUCGAACUCAGGCUAAGUACAUGUGACAUUUAAAUAUAAGCAUGGCUAACUCGACCCCACGCGUGUUGAUUUUGGGUCAUAGUUUUGUGCGUAGACUUUUUGAUUAUGUGCAUGAUCAUAAUUUGGAGACAUUUAACCUCUCUCAAUGCAUUGUGAACGGUUUGGGGAUUAGCGGAGCAACGGUGGACAAGUUAAAAUCUAAUGUGUCUGUCCAACGGAAGAUAAACUCUUUUCAACCGCACAUUAUUAUACUGCAGAUCGGCGGUAAUUGUUUGUGCAAUGACUCUAUUCGCCCCGAUCAACUGGCCUAUAAGAUUUUUGAUUUCGCCAAACACUUGCAAGAAAGUUAUAAAUGUGAUGUUUACGCAUGUGAAGUGUUCCCCAGACCACGGCCUCGAGGCAUGAGCCCGAGUCAAUAUGAAUCACGCAGAGUCGCAACCAAUAAGGCACUGCAUGUUUUGCUAACCGAACAGGAGCAUGUGUAUAUUUGGCCACAUCGUCGAAUUUUUAAUAGCCCACUGGAUCUUUUUCUGCGAGAUGGGUGUCAUCUCACUGGUAACGGCAAUAAAAAAUUCUUUCGGAGUCUUCGCCUUGCCAUCAUGCAUGCCUGUCGACAGUUGUCACAGGGCACUGACCACCAAUAUGCCUAAACGGAAACCGGCAACUGGUGGGUCUACCAACCCCACUGCCAGGAAACGGAAGCAAUCAAACAUGCAAAGCCCUGCCCCUCCCUCUGGUACCGUCGACGUCGCAUCCAGCAUUGUGUCAUCCAGCGUUUUGCCGCAAAGUGUUGCCCCACCCAGCGUGGGACCCCAAAAUAUGGUGCCAUCCACUGUUGGACCACCUAUUGCUGCGCCAACUGCCAUUGGACCACCCAGCCAGACAUUACCUGUAAAUAUUGUAGAUCUAGCUGCGAUGGUAUCAAAAACUGUCACAGAAGCAGUGUUGACAGCGCUGCAGACAGCAAAUAAUUCUUCAGCCGGCAGUAUGUCCUUAGGACAUCAACCUGCACAGCCACAACAACAACAACAGAACUCUUCUGGGACAGUGACUGUUAAUGUGCCACAACAGCAACAGAACUCUUCUGGGACAGUGACUGUUAAUGUUCCUUCGGCAGCCUUAGGUGCGCCAGACCAGGUACAGGCAACAGAUAGCAGAGUUCCGGAAGAAUGCUCCUUGGAUGAAUGCCCUCCCAACAACAGUGCCGCCAAGGUAUCUGCCACAGACCUUUCUCGAGGAAUUGAAGAACUUUUAAGUUCAUCCCUUGCACCCUCAAGCAAGGCAACAUACUCAAAAGCUUGGUCAACAUUCGUUUCUUUUGCUGCCAGCUCAGGCUUUAAGCCGGACAGUGUUUCUGUUGAUUCAUCCCAUAUAGCUCUUUUCAUUUCUGAGCUACAUUCCAGGAAAUUUGCACCAAAAACCAUUUCCACAUAUGUAUCAGCGGUUGCAUAUGUCCAUAAAUUGAUCCAUAACCAGGAUCCAACUGACUCUUUUUUAGUUAAGAAGUUGAUUUGUGGAGCACACCGUAUUGCUCCAUCUAGUGAUACCAGAUUGCCAUUUGAUAAUGUCCUGUUGGACAAAAUGGUGAGCGGUUUGGAAUUCGUGACCAAAACGCCGUUUGAAUUGGUUCUUUUCCGUGCCAUGUUUUUAUUUGCUUUUAAUGCAUUUGCAAGAAUUGGUGAAAUUGCCAAUACAGGAAAUCAACAUAAUCUUGUACAGUUUCAGAAUGUACAUGUCAGUUCCUCUUCCAGUAUGACUCAAGAGGUCGUUGUGAAUUUCUACGAGUUCAAACACAACACUGACAAAAAGCGGCACACCGUCAGUUUCAGUCAUGGGCCUACACAGUAUUCAGCUGUCACCGCAUUGACAGAUUAUCUUGUCUAUAGAGGUCAAUCGCACGGUCCUCUCUUUCGAUAUUUAAAUGAAAAAUCUGUAACACGACAGCAUUUUGACAAAAUUUUGCAUGCGGUUCUCAAUUAUUGCAACAUAGAUUCCCGGUUUUAUAAAGGACACAGUUUUCGGCUUGGGGCAGCUUCCUAUGCCGCCCUGCACCUCCAUUACUCUGAUGCUAAAAUCCGCACUCUUGGCCGUUGGAAUAGCAAUGCUUUCAAAAAAUACAUUCGUUUGCCCCAUGCAGAGUAAUAUCUCUGACAAUUUAUACUACCCACCUGUUGCCUUCUAGUAUGAUGCGGACAUAAUAAUUUGAUCUUUAAAUGACAUCUUGUGAGCAUAAGGGCAACUAAAGACAUGUUGCAUACAGUAGUUGAGGCUUGCUUGAGCCGGCCUCACACGUUCUGCAUUUUAUACAUGUGUAGCUUCAUAUAUCAGACUCAGCUGGGUUUUAUAUUUGUUAUUUGAACAUAUUGUUUUAUUAUAUUGUUUUAUUACACUUGCUUGUUGAAGAGCAUACUAAUGUUUGAGGCUUGCUUGAGCCGGUCUCAUUCAUUUCUUUUCAAGGACAAGCUGUCCUCAUAUGAUUGGUGUCACUGACUCUGUUCAAAGAGAAAUAUAAUUUGACAUUACCACAAGUGUUAGUUAUCGCAUUGUGUUGUUUAAUAUUUCUAGAGUGGCAUUUUGGAAAUGCGAAGCUUGCUUGAGCCGGUCUCACGUUUUCUGCAUUUUAUACAUGUCUAGCUUCUUAUAUCGGUCUCAGCUGGGUUUUAUAUUUGUGAUUUGAAUAUUGUUCUAUUAUAUUGUUUUAUUACACUUGCUUGUUG